AUGGAAAACACACAAAGCAAAGUUGUAUUGCUAAAAAUGAAUAAUGGAAAAAUGGUUUUAUCCGCAAAGCCUCAAAGUGCAGCUCCUAACCCACAACCGAAGCUACAUACAAACUUAGUUUCACAAAUAUUUGGAGAAUCCAAUAUAUGCGAUGACGACAAUAAAGAAAACAGUUUUACCGAUUCCAAUUCGCAACAACACAACCGCAAUGUACCUCUCCGUCUUCCCGCAAACAUCAAACGGCUACCUAUGGCAUCAACAUCCAAACUACACAGUUCUAUUGGCAGUACAUCACAUAUAGAUAUGGACUUAUUAAAUCAAAAAAUAGACGCAGCAAUGGAAAAAUUAAAUCGCAUUGAACAACGACAACAGGACCAUGAAAACGAUCGCAACAAAAGGAUGAGUGCUAUGGAGAAAAAUCAAAGCAUCAUUAAAGCCAAACUGGAUUUAAUUUUAGACAAGCUUUCUCCUCGGUCGGGAUUGGUACCAACAUCUACAUUCCAAUGGGAAGCCAUUAACACUAAAGAAAACUUGGAUGAAUUUGAACAACAGCUUGGAAUGCCGGAUUAUAAACAAAAACUACACGAUUAUUUGGAAUGCCAACUCCCAACUGAUAAUUCCGAAGAGAGGUUACAUGCGGCAAUGGAUCUAUUAUUCGGAAGAGCAUUUUUGACGGAGAUGAGCUGGACGGGUAUCGGACAUCCAAAUAAUAAGAUACCUAUGUGUACAUAUGUAAAUAUUUUAGCUUUAUAUAAACACAUCGGAACGUUCCACGGAGUGACUCCAACACAACAAAAAAUUAAACAAUUCUUCCAAAAUAAACUUAAACAUGCCGGCCAAAGGCUGCAUCUUCUAGGCAAAGUGAAAUCCACCCACCAUCGACACCGACAAAUGUAG